AUGGCAACCAAAGCAACACCUGCCAUAUGGGCCGAUGGGCCAUUUGCUCUCGUCAAAAUUCCUGGCCAACCUGGCGCACAGACAUGUGUCAACCCCGGCGUCAUGAGCGUAUGCAUCGAAAUGGCAAACGCCCAUAACGUGAUCCUUCGCGGUCUAAACGCCAUCUACCUCCAGGCUCCCUUUUUCAAGGAUCCAAAAGAUGUCGCAGACUUCAUGCUGUACAUAAGCGCAUGGGCAGAUGCCGUUCACCACCACCAUUCGGGCGAAGAAACCUCCAUCUUCCCCCGGUACGAGGCGCUGGCAAAAGAAGCAGGCCAGCCGUGCAACAUGCAUGGGAACGUGGAGCAGCACCAUGGAUUUGAGCCGCAAAUGGCAAAGACUGUCGACUGGGCCAAGGGUGUUGCAGCCGGCACACAACAGUACAACGCUCAGGAGCUCAAGAAGCUGAUUGACAGCUUUGCGCCUCUCCUGACGCAGCAUCUCCAUGACGAAAUCGACACGCUGAUAGGGCUUGAGAAGUGCGAUGGCAACAAGGUCCAGAGCAUCAUGAAGGAAGUUGCCGACGAGCUUGCAAAGUCUGCUGAUCCUAAACUGGUCAUACCGCUGGUCCUGGGGUGCAUAGACCGAAACUAUCCCGGCAGCGCUGAUUUCCCUCCCGUUCCCUUCAUCGUGCCGUGGCUGAAUGCGUACUGGUUUUCCAGGAAGCACAAGGGAUGCUGGAGGUUCAAUCCUAGUGAUCACUGGGGCAAUCCGCGCCCGUUGCAGUUCUUACAGUGAUGGUUUGGAGGCUGGAGUUCUCGGGUAUCCAAGACUGCAUUGCAUGCUGG